AUGGCUCCCAAGAGGGCGCUGUUCGUGGCGGUCGGCGACGGCGGUGCGCCGCCGCCGCCUCUGCCUCCGGAGAAGCGCCAGCGGGCGGGACCGGCUCCCAGCAGGAACAGCCCCGAGCUGCCGCUGCCGCCGUCGCCGAAGCACUUCCUCGCCAUCGCCCUCGUUGUCCUCUUCUUGAAACGACCGAAGGGUCGGAGCACGGACAGGGUCCCCAUCUCCCUCUCGCAAAUCGGUCGCGUGGUUGGGGACCAGAUUUGUCGUUUCAUCAAUCCCGUGUUUAGGAAACUGGAAAGAAUCGAGGAGCGGAUUCAGGAUCUCACCGUCAAAGUGGAUAAUAUAACACGGCCCUCUAAUAACCUCCUCAAUGAUGAGCAAUUCACCCAAGAGGAAAACCAGGAAGGCACCAGUGCUGAACCUGCAGGAUUGGCCACUGCUCAAGGCAAUUGUGAAAACACCAGCAUUCGGCUGCGCUUCCUCAAUGGACUGAAGACUCCCGUCUACCAUGACGAUGAGGUAAAAUCGGAGAGCAAUACAGCCAUUAAGGUUGGCAUAUUUAAUGGAGACAAGAUGAUCGAAUCAGGCGGGCUUUCAAACCUGCAAAUUGAGAUCUUCGCCCUUGAGGGCAACUUUCCUCAUGCUUCCCCAAAGAGUUGGACUCCAAAGAAGUUCAAUAAGCAUAGAGCACAUUCGCGUGAUGGAAACGGAAAUGUGUUGGCCGGUGAAGGAACAAAAGCCCAGCUUAAGAAUGGAAAGUGCGAUCUUGGUAGCAUCAAAUUCACAGAAGGGUCGUGCAAGGCUCGCGGCGGGAAGUUCAUCAUUGGGGCAAGAGUUUGUGAGGGUGAGGUAUCGGGUCUCCAGGUUCAACAAGCCGUCAUGAACCCUGUAGUUGUGCAGGAUCGCAGAAACAAAUCAAAUGAAAAGAGUCAUCCUCCAAAACUAAAUGAUAGCGUGCAUCGUCUGGAGGAGAUUGCCAAAGUUUAUGCCGAAAGGCUGGAGAAGAAGAACAUCUUUACUGUGGAACAGUUUUUAAAGGCUUUAAAUAAGGACCCUUGUAACCUCGCCAAAAUUCUCAAUGUAAACAUGGAGCACAAGCCCUGGAAGAAAAUGACAAAGCACGCUAGAGAGUGCUCUCUCGAAGGCAGGCACAAGCUGAAGUUAUUUAUUUGCACAGAGAAAAAUGUGAAGCUUUUCUUCAAUUGUGUGCACUAUCUUGUUGGGGCAGAAUUUUUUGGUGGUCCUUACACUCUCAAUGACAAGUUUAGUUCUGCUCAACGGGAGUUAGUGGACCAGCUGAUAGAGGGCGCAUAUGCUGAAGUUGAUAAGCUCCCUGAGGAUCAUGUAAUGACAGACAACUCUCCAAACCCAAUUCAUGUGGAUAAAUAUACUAGCAUUGGUGCUGGCCCAUCCUAUAUGCCAAGUGAACAGCCAAACUGUUCUGUUCGCCUCGCAUCUGUUCAUGGUACGGCAGCAGCUGAAAGAUUGAGCCAUGAUCCGACUGAGUCAUCUUGUCCGAAUGCAUACAAUGACCCAGUUCCCAGCUCCUCCAUUCCUGAUCACCCCAGCAUGCAUAACUAUCAAGGUGGAAGUGUUCCAGUUGUACCACUUGAAGGCUUGAGCCAUGAUCAGCACAAUGAUUUGUUACGUGCAAAUGCAAACAAUAAUGAUCCUGAACCUAGUUCCUCCACUGCUGAUCACCUCUGCACAUAUGACUACCGAGAUCAAGGGAACCCACCUGCUGGUCAGGGGCAGUUCUCGGCUUUCACUAAUGCCCCGUGUCAAGAUCAAGACACCCUUGGAGGUGCGGCUAAUAUAAGUCAAUUCGUUUCCCCUGAAGUUGUCGAAUUGACAUUUCUCCAGCACCAAGCAGGCAUUAACAACUACGUGACACCAGGCUUGGAUCUUGUGGAAAUCCAAAGUCAGUUUUUCUGGUUAAGCAAUGGCACCUUAGAUGGAUCAACUUGUGGUCACAUCAAUACAGCGUUACCACCACAGCAACCUAUAAUCCCUGGUACCCCAAGAUCAGGUCAAGGGAGCACACAGAGCCAGAUGCAAGCUCCCUUGGCCCCCACCAAUGACGCCUCAGUGGCAUCUGCUUCUGCUCAGCAGGCCCUUCCACCACAACAGUGUUAUCCCUGGAACGGAUCAUGGUGA